UAUUAGUAGCAUGUUUUAUUGUCGUAGCUGUAAAAUGUUUCCUAGUAAUGAGUUUGUGCGUCUACCGCGUUCUACUGUGUGUCGGGUGUCUUCUGUAUGCAGUUUGAGUGAUUACUACUUAGCUUAAGCAUGCACUAUAAGCAGUGUAUAGCUUAUGCGGUCCUGCUCGUUUUACGGGCUCUGUUCAGCGUUUCUCCUUCAUACAUUCAUCCAGAUGAACAACUGCAAUCCUUGCAGGUCGUUUCCCAAUAUGUAUUUGGCUGGAAAGCAGAAUUGCCUUGGGAGUAUACGGUAGAACGGCCCAUUCGGUCGCUUGUCCCUUUACUGAUUACGACGUUCUUACCAAUGGAAUUUGUAAAGACCGUCUUUGGAGCAUCUGUCAAACCAACAAUUGUUUUUCAUGUCUGCAGACUUUGGAUGCUUCUCCUGUCGCUCUGUGUUGACUAUUGCAUUUGGCUCUUGUUUCCUCCCAAGACUCGUGUGCGAGCUCUUUUGGGCAUUGGAAGUACAAUGAUGAUGCUUGUCUAUCAAACAAAAACAUUGUCAAACUCGUUUGAAGUUAUUUUGAGUUUGCUGGCAUUCGUUCUCUUUCGGCGAGUGUCAAAAAAGAUCCAAAAAGAACCAUCAAAAACGCCCUCUUUUGACACAAUUGCCCUGUGUGCAGUUUGCACUUUGGGUGUUUUCACUCGCAUCACAUUCCCUGCAUUUCUGCUUCCAAGUGCACUUAGUGCCCUUCGUACUUGGAGACAAUGUCUUCGUCCUCAACAUCUUCUCUGGUUCUGCUCGAAACUGAUCUUCAUCUGUCUUUUAUUUACUACAGCAUACCUUUUCAUUGAUUCAUAUGUAUAUGGUAAGCCCGUGUUUACUGUUUGGAACAACUUAAUGUACAAUUCUCAAACGGGAAACUUGGCUCAACACGGACUACAUGCAAGAUGGACACAUUUACUUAUCAACGUUCCAUUGUUAUGCGGCCCUAUUCUUGCACAACCAAGUCUGUGGAAUCCAAUGCGUUCAGCUUGGUGGUACUUAAUGGUUCCUAUUGCACUAUUGUCGGUAUUUCCGCAUCAAGAAGCACGGUUUCUUCUUCCGGCUUGUGUUUUCUUUACUGCAUAUGCAUUUUCUAUAACACAUUCUAAACUUCUCCUUGUCUCAAGUCUCAUCUACCAUACUUUCUUGAGCAUGUUUUACGGAGUCUUGCAUCAACGCGGAGUGGUUCCCACACUCUCAAAACUGGCAGACUAUUACUCCUCAUGUUCUCCGUUAUCCGAACCAGGGUCGGCAAUGUCAAUGUAUUUCUGGCGCGUAUAUACUCCGCCGACCUGGAUGCUUAAACGAACGGGUCAUGAAAAUGUGGAAGUUGACACUCAACACUUUGUUGGAUACAGCAGAGAGCGUAUGGAAGAAAUUUUGUUUAAGAAGUUUAUAUCUACGCAAUCUUCCCGCCCUAAAACCGUCCUGGAAUGUCCACCGUUUUUGUUCAUUUGUCCCAAGGUUCUUCUUUCAAAUCCUGAAGCUUGGAAUUUAACGUUGUACGACUCGGUGAAGAUUCACUAUGACCUCGAUGAUCUUGAUGAAGUGAGCUUAACAGACAUAAUCCAACAUAGCGGUAUUGGCAUAUACAAACCCAUGACACUGGAAGCAACGUCUAACACAGAUGGCGCAUGAAAUACCUAUUUUAACAGUCUAUUUAUUAUUCUUGAAUCGUUCGUUUAAUAACCAAACCUUAGUUUUUAAAAUGAUAAAAGUGAGAUACACGUUUACGCCUGAUCACCAGCAUUGUUCUUUGCCUUUUUGUUUCCUUUGGCGUUUUUCUUCUUUCUUUUACGUUUACUCUUCGAAUUUGUCACAGACGGACGAGUAGCCGUACUAGUUGCUUCUGCAUACCGUUUAUUGUGAAACAGAUUCGCAACAAAAAAACCAAUGGUACCAUAGCGUCCCGGCUCACAGCGGAUCAUUCCGCCGGCCAUGGAUGGAUCACUGCAAUAUUCAGGUACACCACGGUCUGGCCAUUGUGGAAGAGUAGAUUCGAGUGGCGCGCAAGACCAGUCCUUCUCUUGUUUUAACACUUCAUCGACUACUUGUUCAUUUUCUUCUCGAUGAACGGAACAUGUAGAGUAUGUAACGUUUCGUACAUUGGGGAAAGACAGAGCGUGCUUGAGAAUUGUGGAUUGAAACUUGCUCAAAUUCUCUUUUCGAUCACCUUCAUCAACAGGAUCUUGCUCAUUUACCAACAAGAAGUCCUGUCGACUAACAAUACCUGAGCCAGAACAUGAAGGAUCCAAAAGAAUGUGUGUAACAUUGGCAUACUUCUCGUCAUGAACAUCAGUAUGGGUGAAGUCCAUAUGUUGGAUCUCAACAUUUUUGGCUCCAGAGAUACGAACCAUUUUCUGAAGCGUUUUCACACGAUAAGCGUCACGCUCAAAAGCAAAUAUCUUUGCAUUCGGAUACAGAGCUGCCAGAUGGGUAGUCUUGUUGCCUGGCGCCGCGCAACCAUCAAUAAUGUCACCGACAGGUCCGGGCAUGCCAUGCAAAACAGCGGCAGGAAAGCAGGAAGCCUUAUCUUGAAUAAUGAUUUUUCCCUUCUCGUACAGUUCAUUACCAACGAAUGAGAUGUUGCUUUCCAGCGCAAGUAAAUUCUCCACGCAGUCGUCAAAAUACACUUUACCGGGUACCAAUGCAUCAAUUGAGUCGACAGGUUCAACACCGAGUCCUUUAAUCACUUCCUCCUUGUUUGAAAGAAUUGUGUUCACACGGACCCAUCGAGGGAGAUUUACGGGAUUCUUCAACGCUAGCUCCUCGUUGGACUUGGCGCCUUUUUGAAUCUUAUAUUUCACAAAUUCACCGUUUAAACGUGUUUUGUUUCGUAAUAUCGCAUCUUUAUAUAAACCGCCGGAUGCUUGGAUUCCUCGUUUCGUAAGAAGAAGAUCAUGAACCAAAACUAUAGCAAGGUUUCUUGUGAGCUAAAUAUAUAUGUUAGAUGAUGGGAACAAAUUUAUAGUCAACAGUACUUUCUUUUCCUUUUUAAGCAACUCAGACCGUUCAAUGACUUCGUCCAGAACCUUAGUGUCUAAUCAUUGUUAGAAAUUCCGCUCAAAUCCGUUGAAAAAAAACAAAUCAAACAAACAAACAUUUUAAGGUCUCGCAAACUAAAGCAUAGGUACGUUUAGGAUCAAACUUUUUAUUCUUGAAUGCAAGUUGCUUAAUUGAACCUUUCCUCUCUUUUAAAUCAUCCAAAACGCCUGCAGCAUGCACAUAAAAGUCCAUCCUGGAGGUAUUACUGGGCGAUUUUUUUUGAUUUUUUUUUUGGACCAAAUGGUACCGUACGAAUAGUGUAGCAUUCCGGUGAUUUAGUUCAUGAAAAAUAAGCGAAGAUAAAACAGGUAUAGUUUAAGUUCAAGUGUAUUAGGG